UUAGAGAGAGAGAGAGAGAGAGAGAGAGAGAGUGAACAGAGGAGGGGGAGGAUGAUGCUGCAGCCGAGCAUCUCUGCCUGACUUCUGCUGGAGUUUGGAGCUGGACAUGACUGAGUUGGAGCGUCCAGGUGUCUGAGCAUCUCCAGGUUGUGCUGCACGUGAGAGAGAGUGUGUGUGUGUGAGUGUGUGUGUGUUGAUGUGUGUGUGAAGCCAUGGCGAGCGCUCAGCCGGGGGUCCAUGCAUUGAAACUCCAGACCUCCUCUGUCUCUCACACACUGAGGAACGGAAGCAACUUCAUUAAAUGGGACGAGGAUCUGUCCACGGUUACUCCGGUGACUCUGCACGUUGAUCCUCAUGGAUUCUACCUCUACUGGACGGACCAAACCAAGGACACGGAGCUUCUGGACCUGACCCUCGUAAAAGAUGUCAGAACGGGUCGAAGCACCAAAGCACCCAAGGAGGCCAAGCUGCGGGAGCUGCUGGACGUGGGGAACCUGGUCGGCCGUCUGGAGAACCGAAUGGUGACAGUGGUGACGGCUUCAGACCACAUCAACGUGAACCAGCUCAACUUCAUCGCUUCCCAGGAGGAAGAGGCCAAGGUGUGGUGCGAGGAGCUCUUUUCUCUGUCUUCCAAUCUGCUCAGCCACAAUCUGAAUAGAGACCCCAGUCUGCUGAAAGCGUACGUCAGGUUAACUCUACAGCCCAACGCAGAGGGGAGAAUUCCCAUCAAGAGCAUCGUGCGACUGUUUUCAUCAGACAGAAAGAAAGUGGAGAACGCCUUGGAGAACUGCCGACUGCCCUGCGGACGGGGGGAAAGCAUCAAACUGGAGGACUUCACUUUUGAGGUCUACAGGAGUUUUCUGGACAGUUUGUGUCCUCGUCCUGAACUCGCCAACAUCUUCAAACUGCAGGGGGGGGAUGACGGCAGCCUGUCAGUCGAUCAGAUGACAGACUUCAUCAACAACAAGCAAAGAGACCCGAGGCUGAACGAGAUCCUCUACCCCCCGCUGCGUCCUGCGCAGACACACACUGUGAUGGAGAGGUACCAACAGGACCAGGCUCAGCUGAAACAAGGUGUGAUUUCUCUGCAGGCCUUCUCCAGUUAUCUGUCCUGCGAUGACAACGGAGUCAUUCCACCAGAGAAGCUGGAUCAGUCUGAAGACAUGAGCUUCCCCCUGUCGCACUACUUCAUCAACUCAUCACACAACACAUACCUGACAGCUGGCCAGCUGGCGGGCAGCUCCUCGGUGGAGAUGUACAGGCAGGUCCUCCUGGCCGGCUGCCGCUGCGUGGAGCUGGACGUGUGGAAGGGACGCACCGCUGAGGAGGAGCCGGUCAUCACACACGGGUUCACCAUGACCUCAGAGAUCCCGUUCAAGGAGGUGAUUGAAGCCAUCGCAGAGUGUGCCUUCAAGACGUCUCCCUUCCCCGUCAUCCUGUCCUUUGAGAACCACGUCGACUCUUUGAAGCAGCAGGCCAAGAUGGCCGAGUACUGUCGCUCCAUCUUCGGAGACGCGCUGUUGAUCGACCCUCUGGACAAAUACCCUCUGGAGUCUGGCCUCCCUCUGCCCAGUCCUCAGGAGCUCAUGGGGAAAAUUCUCAUCAAAAACAAGAAAUCGCACAAACCACCCAACAACACGGACACCAAGAGACUGACGGACCAGCCGGCCAAUCAGAGCAUCGAGCCUGCGUCUCCUAGCAACAACACGGGAGAGAUGGAGGCUGAGAGUGAGGAAGACGAUGAUGACGAGGAUGAUGAGGGUAAAAAGGGCUCGGCCGAGCGCGAGGCGGUGGCUACGGAGGAGAUGUCCACUCUGGUAAACUACGUCCAGCCGACCAAGUUCAACUCCUUCGAAGCAUCCAAGAAGGCAGCCCGCUGUUACCACAUGUCGUCCUUUGUGGAGACCAAAGCUUUGGAGCAUCUCACCAAGUCACCAGUGGAGUUUGUGGAAUAUAAUAAGACCCAGCUCAGUCGCAUUUACCCCAAAGGAACCAGAGUGGACUCGUCAAACUUUAUGCCUCAGCUCUUCUGGAACGCUGGGUGUCAGCUGGUGGCGCUCAACUACCAAACCAUCGAUUUGUCCACGCAGCUGAACCUCUUCAUGUUUGAGUACAACGGGCGCAGCGGCUACAGACUGAAGCCGGAGUUCAUGAGACGACCGGACAAACACUUCGACCCGUUCACAGAAAACACGGUGGACGGCAUCGUGGCCAACACGCUCUCCGUGAAGGUGAUCUCAGGCCAGUUCCUGACGGAGCGGCGGGUGGGGGUGUACGUGGAGGUGGACAUGUUCGGACUUCCCGCCGACACCAGGAGGAAGGCGCUGAAGACCAAAACCUCCCAGAACAACAACGCCAUCAACCCGGUGUGGGACGAGGAGCCGAUCGUCUUCAAGAAGGUGAUUCUUCCCACUCUGGCCUCCCUGAGAAUCGCUGCUUUUGAAGAAGGAGGAAAGUUUAUCGGUCAUCGGAUUAUUCCAGCUUCGGCGAUUAGACCAGGUUAUCGUUACAUCGGCUUGAGGAACGAGAAGAACCAGCCUCUGAUCCUACCGGCUGUGUUCGUCUACAUCGAAGUCAAAGACUACGUCCCAGACACCUUCGCAGAUGUGAUCGAGGCUCUUUCCAACCCCAUCCGAUACGUCAACCUCCUGGAGCAGAGGUCCAAGCAGCUGGCGGCUCUGACGCUGGAGGACGAGGAGGAGGACACACAGACAGAGGACGAAGCUGACGCCGGCGCCGAGCGGAAAAACGACUUGAAAUCAGCUCCACUGGAGAAUGGACUCAGCCCCGCCUCUGGUCCUGCUGGACACCCCCCCGCUGCCAUGACGCCCAAAGCCUCGGCAGCCAAUCAGCAAGCAGCUCCUUCAGAUGCAGCAAAACCAGCAGCCAAGAGUGAAGACCUGGUUUCCAGUGUUUUGAUAGACGUCCCAGUGUGCAGCGUGGACGGUCUGCAGCAGUCCAAGGUUUAUCAGAAGGAGCAGAGACGUCAGUUCAAAGAGCUGAAGGAGCUGGUGAGGAGACACCAGAAGAAAACCUCCGAGCUGCUGCGAGAGUUCAGCAACAAGUACAAGAAGACCGCCCGACAGUGCAGCAAGAGCCGGGGUUCGGACAGCGAGAAGGACGAGCGCCUGCAGCAGCUGAGAGACGAGCAGCAGCAGCAGCUUCUGGCUCUGAGGCAGGAGCAGUACUACAGUCAGAAGUACCUGCAGAGAGAACACAUCAAAACGCUGACGGAGCGACUCAGCAGUUUGGCCGAGGAGAGUCACAACGGCCAGAUGAAGAAGCUCAAAGACAUCUGUGACAAGGAGAAAAAGGAGCUGAAGCGACAGAUGGAUCGAAGGAGAACAGAGAAGAUCAACCAGGCGAAGACCAAAGAGAAACAUCUGGCUGAGGAGGAGAAGAUGGAGAUCAAUAAGUCCUACGUCAAUGAAGUCGUCCAGAACAUUAAGCGGCUGGAGGAGACUCAGACCAAGCGUCACGAUCAGCUGGUGGAGCAACACAACGAGCUGCUGCAGGAGAUUCAAGACCUGAAGCCAAAGCUGCAGGGCAACGUGGAGGCCGAGUUCCAGGAGAAGUUCCAGCGUUUGCCGGGAGAGAUUCGAGACUUCCUGCAGGACAGGAAGACGGAGGUCAGAGGUCACAGCAAGUCCCGGCCGUCGACCCCUCACGAGGCCCUGUCAGAGGAAGACUGAAGAGGAGGGGGCAUGAGGAGUGGAUGACAGCCGGGAGGAAGGGAGGGAGGAAACAGAAGAGGAGAAAUCUAGAUGAAAAAGACUGUUACACUUCUUUUUCAUGGAAGAACCCUAACCCGUUAUUUUAUCUCCUUCCUUGCAUGCACUCUGUCUGCUUCUCAUCAGAAUCCAUCUAGUCAUAUUUUGAUAGACACCUGAAAUCCAAUGGUUUGUACUGCAUGACAACCAUAUCUAUCUAUCUAUCUAUCUAUCUAUCUAUCUAUCUAUCUAUCUAUCUAUCUAUCUAUCUAUCUAUCUAUCUAUCUAUCUAUCUAUCUAUCUAUCUAUCUAUCUCUCCAUCUAUCUUUCUAUCUAUCUAUCUAUCUAUCUAUCUAUCUAUCUAUCUAUCUAUCUAUCUAUCUAUCUAUCUAUCUCUCCAUCUAUCUUUCUAUCUAUCUAUCUAUCUAUCUAUCUAUCUAUCUAUCUAUCUAUCUAUCUAUCUAUCUAUCUAUCUAUCUAUCUAUCUAUCUAUCUAUCUCCUCAUCUAUCUUUCUAUCUAUCUAUCUACAUUCGAGGAUCAGUGAGCAAACAUCCUUCCUGUCUCCCUCUUUUUUUUGUUUACAUAUAAAAACAUGUUAAGUAAUCGCUACAUAUCCAAACUACACGUUUUAUUUUUUAUUAUUAGUCACUAUUAAGACUUGGUCAUCGUGGCAACUUGUUCUACAAUCGUCUAAACCAAUAGCACGGCUGUAUUCUAUUGUUGUUAUUAUUUAUUUACUUAGCAUUACUGCCAAUGUUCUCACACAUUAUUUCAUAUUUGGAAGCCGCCUGGUACAACCACAGUCUGAUGGAGCCAUGGUUUUGCUCAACGGCACCUCGGCAGCGGCAGUGGGGGAGGAGCACACGCUGCUCGUCCGUUCAAAACUGAGAAGAUAAGGUUCAAUUUCAAAUAUUGUUGCACGUAAAUAAUAUGGAUACUUUAUACUGUUAAUUGUACAAGAAAUUCGAAAUUAUGCACAUUUUAUGAUAACAACACUCCACUAUACACACAUACAGUGUUUUUCAAAGGAGAUUUUUUAUAUGUAUUUGUUGAUUUUAUUUUUAUGGUUUUACGCUCAAUAAAUCUAAUGUCAUGUAUUAUUUCCAAACGACAUUAUCCAGCCCUGUAAUUAUUUUUUCUGUAUUUUAAUUUUUUUUUCUUGGGUUUGACUAUUCAUCCACAUAAUGAGUCAUAUUCACAAUAAUUACGCGAGUACGAUGGAGCGAGGAAACGAUUUUACAAGAUCAAUUUUUCAAGAUUUCUGGUCAAAUAUCCCCAGAAUCAAUUAUUAUGUCCUCGCUAGUUUGAUUAUGCACUUUAUUUAUUUAUUUAUUUAUUUAUGAGAUUUGAUAAGAACAAUGAUCUCAGUGGCAGAUUCUGUUAAGUUAUUGAAAUUAUAUAUAUAUAUAUAUAUAUGUAUCAUAGCAUGCCAGUUAGACUUUUAUGGAUUUAUGCAUCGUCAGACUUUUACUUCCACUAUGUUUAGGACAAAUUUGAGGAUUUGCACAGUUUUCAUGAAUAAAUUUUUUUUUUGUCCAUAUUAAUCAAUUUUUAAUUUGUUUUCCAACCAGUAGCAGCAACAUCCCAAACGUUCCCUCGAACUCUUGGUUCUCGUGUUCGAUGUGAAGCAGCCUCUGCAUGAUUUAUUCAUUUUGAUGUGAAAGGUGUUUCUACACAUAAUUAUCUCUCCGGUGGAUGUUUGUUUAUUUAUUGUUAUAUGGAUGAUCACUAGGCAUCAUUUAUAAAACUGUUUCAGAAUGAAA